GCUACAUUGAAGUAUAUAAUUAUUAAAAUGGAUGACACAUUUCACGUCGGAAGAAAACUGCUCUUUCAUCGUCAUGGCGUUGACGACAGCAUUGGUACCUACGCCACAGACUAUUUACUAUCUGCUAUUUCUUUCAUCAUGGCUGGAAUUAUGACGUAUUUGAUAUGGCGUCACAAAAAUAAUGACGACAAGCGAGUUAAAUCUUCAUGUGGAUACGAAUACGCCAGCAUAUCACAGUACUGGGCCCCGUGCAAAUGGCCAAGGCCGGUGAUGACGUCAGUCACGUUGUCCACCUACGCAACUCUAGGAUUCCAAUCGUGCUACAGCUUGAUGACGGUACUGGGGGGAUUGCCACAUCAGUAUUUGCAUCAGGUCGAACCUUAUACAUCCUGGGAAGACAGCUGGACUUGGCUAAUUGUGUGGAGAUGCGGAGCGGUCAUGGUCGUGCCUACCAUUUGUGCUUUUUUUACUUUGAUAGAGCAAAUCUGUCAGCAAGAAAGUUUUCUCCCUUUGCCAAAUUGGGCAAGAAAGGUUUACUAUGGUGUCAAGACAUUGCUGUGCAUGACUGCUGUUGUCUGGAACUUCGUGCGCUUGACAGACGAUACGAAUCCAUACGAUGUAACAACUUUGUAUAUUGUCUUUAUGGGAUGUUUUGUUAUACAAAGCGUAUGGAUGACACUUAUUGUUUGCAGAAGUGCUAUUGUGGGAUGCAAGAAACGACUAAUCAAGAGCAGAAAAGUAUCGGGAGAUAGAGGCACACAAGCUCAAAACGAUGCCGCGUGUACAGAAGCCAAAGAUUGCGUCUUCAGAUGGGAUUUGUGUCUCCAAUGCCUCUGCCCUUUGUUAAUAUUAGGCGGAGGUACAUUCAGCUACAUCUUGACCCCAAUGUGUUCACAAGCAGAAGAUCCCCACGGAUUACAUGGCUGUCCUUUACCAAACAAUUUCAAUCAUAACGCAGUCAUGCAUAUGAUCCAUGUGAUGGCAGUAAUGAGUCUCACACUAGGAGAGGUACUAGCAAUAAAGAGACGCGAACGAUUAUAUAAAGCGGAAAUCAAUAACAAUAUUAACUUAGAAAAAGCUUUGGACGAUUCGGGAACAUCGGGAGCACUGAUUGUCUGAACAUUUUCCGUCAAUCUGCCAAUACAUCGUCCGGCAUAACUGGUCAGUGCCUUGAAUUGGAGUGUGAAAGUAAAUCAAGAUGAUAUAUUUCCUUAUUGUGCCUGUUAUCGGCCCGUUCAGAGGCAUCUUAGGAGGCUUCUGCCGUAGGUUGGGGAUCGGAACCGCCUUUUUGAAAUGUUAACUUAGAAAUUUCAGACCCCCGCCCGGGUUCGUUCAUCAACCUCUUAUUUAUCGGAUCAUAAAAUAAAUAUUAUAAUGAUAUUGAUUCUUCAGUCAUUUAUUUCUUGUUGCCAUCCAAAUAAAUGUCUAUAGUUUACCGUAUAAAGAAAAGAGGGGAACCUUCACGUCUGCACAAACUCAAAAGACACUUUCUAGGUCAGAGUAGGGCGGAAUGUUCCAAAUCACAAUAAGCGCUAACUUCAAUAUUCGUACCAAAUUAGCGAAUGCGAUUAUCCCUCGUAAAGGCAAAUUUAUCACCCUCUAUAUCUAUGUUGAAACAAACUCUUUUAUUGCUCUAUGUCGUUUUAAUGUGGACUGCCUCAUCUCUCUCUUGAAAGGCGAGUUAUAGUGUGU